AUGAGCGACGAACUAGCCCAUGAUUUCUUUCCCGUCAUCAGAGUAUACAAAGACGGUCGAAUCGACCGACUCUGGGGAGAAGCCACACUUCCUGCAUCGGUCGAUCCCCAAACCGGUGUUGAAUCCAAAGACGUUGUCAUCUCAGCCGCACCACUCGUAUCUGCAAGGCUUUAUCUCCCUAAAGCCACCACACCCGAGUCAACCCAGAAGUUCCCUAUUUUGGUUUACUUUCACGGCGGUGGCUUCUGCAAUGGAAGGUUAUUACACUCCGAGGCCAAUGUUGUAGCUGUUUCUGUUGAGUAUAGACUGGCGCCAGAAUACCCUCUUCCGGCUGCCUAUGAAGAUUCAUGGUCAUCUGUCAAAUGGGUGGAGUCCCAUUUCACCGGAACCGGUCCUGAAGAGUGGCUUAACCAGCAUGCAGAUUUGAACAGGGUUUUCUUUUCAGGUGAUAGUGCUAGGGCUAACAUAGCUCACCACAUGGGUUUGAGAGUUGGAUCUGAGAAGUUGGCGGGUUUUAAGCUGAAGGGGUUUGUGUUGGUGCAUCCAUACUUUUGGGGGGAAGAACUAAUAGGGGGAGAGCUAGCUUUGAGCGAGAGCCAAAGGGAUUUCUUUGCUGGUUUGUGGAGGUUUUGUUACCCUUUGACUAGUGGAUUUGAUGAUCCGUUUAUCAAUCCGAGUAAGGAUUCGAAGUUGGGGGAGCUGGGUUGUGAGAAAGUGUUGGUCUGUGUUGCGGAGAAGGAUAUGCUGAAAGAUAGGGGGUCGUAUUACAGUGAGGUAUUGAAGAAGAGUGGAUGGAAUGGAGUUGUGGAGGUUUCGGAAGAACAGGAGGAGGACCAUGUGUUCCAUUUGAUCAAUCCAAGUUGUGACAAUGCUGUGACCAUGAUGAAGAAGGUCGUUUCUUUCAUGAAUUAUUAGUUUUGUUUUCGAUCGAUUAUGGUCGAUUGUGAUCAAUUAGCUUCGGCUGGUCUCUUCAGACUUUUAGUUCUGCAUCCCCAUGCAUGCCACUCCCUCUACUACGAACUAUUGGCUACCUUAUACUCGUGAUGUACUACGUAGCUAGGUACUAGUUUAUAUGAAGCUUAUUACGAAGCUUAUAACACUAGGGAAAAUGAAUAAAGAAAUAAUAUAUUCAUGUUCGUGACUUUGCAUACUUUUUGUUUAUGAUG